AUGGAUGAGGAUGUAUUUACACAUCUUAAGCGUGUAAUAUCAUACUUGUACAAGAAUACUCGGGAUGAUUCGUUAUAUAAUGAAGAAGAUUUACUGAAAAAACUGAAUAUAGAUGUCCUAAAUACUAUUGUGGAUGGAUAUGUAGGUUAUUCUUGGAUGUGUGAGGCCUGCGCCACAUGGAUCGCAGAUGCCACGACUUACAUCCACGAAUCAAAAGUGGAUGGUGACACUUUUAAUACUAAAGAAUACUUUAAGCGCAGAAAAAUUAUCAGCAUUGAUGAAUCUACACGAGAAUCAUAUUUUUAUGCAGAUAAGCCAAAAAUUUCCAACAAAAACAAGGCACUAAAUGUAUUAUACGAUUCGCUAGCAUCAUUACUUGCUAAAACGUAUGACACUGACAUAAUGAGGGAUUACAUGGAUAAUCAGAAGGAUUUGAAAAGCUGGAAUCCACCCCUUUCAUACUGGCAAUUGAUGCAGAGCCCCGUUUCAGUUUCGCACAUGAUCAAGCUGUAUCGCGAUAGGCCAAAAGAUGCGUUUUUAUCUGCAUGGUACCAAGAUUACACAAAUAACUACCAACAAAACAGCAUUAUGGAGAAAUCACAACUAACUAGCAAUUUCUCGGUUUACACCCUAAGGCUUUCUGAGGAAAUCCGCAAAUUUCUGUUAGAAGAUGACAUUGCAGAAGUGGAUCCUACGGAUAGCGGCACUAUAUCUGACCUAUUUUUGCACGCUGAAAAUGCAUACAUUUACACCCAAGCGUUGCUGCACUUUAUAUACCAGUGGAGAGUCGAUUUGAAGGGAUGUAGACGCCUAUCCCAGCUUAUGUCAAUGUCCAUACUCAAUCCCAAAGGGGCGGCUUCAAAUCGUUCAAACAUGGAAUAUUCUGCUUCACAAAUUAAUUUACUCAUGACAAAUUUUACCAAGUUUCAGUGCCUCUAUCGCUUAUUCCGCCAGAUAUCCCAUUCAUUGAAUGGCACUAACUCGACACUUGACAUAAAAGAUGUUUGUGAAUUUGGUUAUGAGCUGCAAAAGACUCUUGAUAAGUUUGAAUCCUAUGAAAGUUUGUUAUUUGAAAGGGACGCUAGAAAACCCAAUAAUGAUACGGCAGGAGCGGCCAAUGGGGACGAUAUAAGCAAAUAUGCACCAGACGGCGAACUGGAGUUUGAAGACCCUUCUGUAUCUCAAUGUGGAGGUUAUGGUGAUCCAGCUAAUGACUAUAAAAGGCUUAGGGAUGCCCCUGAAAUGCCACCACUGGAGGCCAUACGGGAAAGCUCCCUUCUAGAGUGCUUAAUUAACAAUUUUGCCGACCCAGAUCUAUCAUUAAGUGCCGACCAGGCUUGGAUCAAAUAUGCAAAUUUGAUUGUUCUACUAUCAGUACCGUCCCCUUAUGAAAUGCUAUAUCAGGCGUACGAGGAGCACCUAAGUGAUAAUAUUAAGCGCUCAAGAAGGGGCCAUGUAUGGCAGGACUAUGAAUCGGAAUCCCAGCAUUCUGAUUUAUCCCCUGAUUCACUCGUCGAAUCUCCUAGUAGAAGCACGACAUCUGCCAUUGAUAGGGAUAGCGAUCGAAAUGAUAAUUCUUUGGACGAUUCUAGUUCACCCUUUGGAUCAUCGGUACUGGAGUCGAUUAUCACACAUGAAAGUUCAAAUGGUAUAAACAAGGAUUGCCCUGAUGAUCAAAUAUCUUCCGAUCAACUACACAAACAGAUUUCUCUUGCGGAUAUUACUCACUGCACAAAUGAAACCAGUUCUAUGAACACAUAUACCACUACAGACUGUAAAAGCACUGAAGGAAUGGAUGUACAAAGUAUGAUAGAUUCAGAGAUUUAUAAAGACGUAAACCAUAACAAGAAAUUGGGAACCCUGCCAAACUUGAACCCGAUGAAGAUUCAGGAGAUGAAGGAAUUAUUUAAGGAAUUUAAGGAAACGUCCACAAGACACAAAAACAUCGCAAGGAAGGAGUUAUUUGAAAUAUAUCGCAUUACACAUGAUUCUCUUAAGUCUAAGCUUGAAAUUGAGCAGCAACUUUUGCACCAAUGUCAUACAAACAUUGCUUGCUCCACAGUACUGAGCUAUAUUUCACAUAAUCUAAACAAAAAUGAUAAUGGCCUUACUCCAGUGAGCGUUUUGUUACUAAAAAAUAUUGCAGAUAGGCAGCCAGUGAAGCGAAAGCCCAUACUUGCUUUAAUACGUAGAUUUUCCGAUAAGAUAUUUCAGUGUAUUAAGUCUAGAAUGUCCCUGGAAAUCAUAGGCCUUGUUACUGAUCUACUGGUCUAUAUGAUUCGUUAUGAAUCACUUUACCCUGCCGUUAUUACCACUGUUUUGGAUAUGGUUCAAUGCAUGGACAGGGUUUAUGUGAGGAAGUUUAUUAGUGGAGUGCUUCUUCAUUGUGCUCCUCCAUACAAGGUAGAGUUUGCAAUGCCACUGUUGGAACUUAUAUUAAAGUCCGGUAUAAUUUUGCCUGGAGACAGCGAACAAACAUUUACAACUCUAAUACUAGAAUUUAUUGAGAACUGUAAAUCGUGUAAGAUAACCAGCCACAUCGAGGGCAUGAUUCAGCAGUUGCAAAAACAGUUUGGAAAGUAA